GAUAGGCUAAAACGCGCACGGUGGUUACCGGGUCAGUCUAUUUGCUAUCUUCCCUGCUCUCAUGCCCAGUCGCCUUGAGCUUCCAACAUGCCUUCGAGAACCUGUAUGUCUUUUCAAGUGAAGUCACUGGACUUCUGCUAAGAGUACUAUACUGCAUGUGCCUACAUAAUCUAAAAGGUGCAUGAGGAUAGAAGGGAGAGGGAGAUUAGUUGAAUGGACAAAAUAGAGAGGAUGUAUUGGAUUGAUUUGCUGUUUUUGGUUGGGUUUGACUGAAAGAAAAGGUAAGGCAAUUGGUCAUGGACUGUCAGAACUUAAUUUCUCACCAUUUCUACCGUCCAGGCUUAAGUCAGAUCAAGAUUGAUGGAGUAGCAUUACCGUUGCAUUAUGGAUUUAGAAGUUCAAGAAUCUCCUUAAAUCGAAAGCCAGAUGCGUUUGCUGUCCAAGGAAAGGACAUCAGUCUUUCCCAUGUCAAGGGAAACCAUAACAGAGAUGGGGAGUCUUUAUCAAAUUCUCAAGCCAUUACCAAGUUGGAAAGGCAUAGUGUUAAGAAGGAAGAAGGGAAAGGAGCGCCACUUUUGGCAAAAAAGGGAUUCAGCUGGGUCUGGUCGAAAGGCUCACAAUCUUGUGAGAAUUAUUUCUGAUCUUCCCCAUGAGAAAGAGGCUGUUUAUAGAGCAUUGGAUAAAUGGACAGCUUGGGAGGUGGAGUUUCCCUUGGUUGCCGUAGUAAAGGCUUUGAAAAAAUUGAAAAGUAGAAAUCAAUGGCUGCGAGUGAUUCAGGUUGCAAAGUGGAUGUUGGGCAAAGGUCAGGGAACAACAAUGGCAACAUAUGAUACCUUACUGCUGGCAUUUGAUGUGGAUGGGAGGGUAGAUGAGGCUGAAUCAUUGUGGAACAUGAUCUUGCACACGCAUACGCGCUCAAUCUCAAAGCGGUUAUUUUCUAGGAUGAUCUCUUUGUAUGAUCACCAUGACAUGCAAGAUAAAAUAAUAGAGGUCUUUGCGGACAUGGAAGAGUUGGGCGUGAGGCCAGAUGAAGAUACUGUCAGGAGAAUAGCACGUGCCUUUGGGAGACUUGGUCUAGAAGAAAAGCAAAAGCUGUUUCUUAAAAGAUACCAAUGUAAGUGGAAGUACAUCCAUUUCAAUGGGGAGCGUGUCAAAGUGAGUAGGCACACUUUGGAGGAAGACGAAUAAAUCAUUUCUAAAAGUGAGAAAGACGAUGGUAAUUGCGAAACAAUCUUCUUAAAUAUCUUCUGGCACAUAUACUGAUGAUAUUAUUGAUCUGGUGGGAGCCCAUCAUCUUUGCACAUUCAGAUUUUUUGCCUCUCUUCUCAGAUUUAGUAAAUUGUCUUUCCUAUGAAGGUACAUACAAUUCAGGAAGUUUCCAUUCAAUGUUUAAAAAUUGAAGAUAGCCCUGCAGAAUCACAAUUUGGUUCCGGUAACUGUGUCAGCUUAUGUUGUACAUAGUAGUGCUUGAGAGUCAAGAUGGGCACCAUCAGUGAGAGUGAAUCACUCUUUUUUUCAUCCUUCUCAUGGAAGUCGAACUAGAAAUUAAGACUGAACGGCAGAACUAGUUACUGUUGAUUAUG